AUGGCCACCAAGAGAUUAAACCAAGCAGCUAUGGUAAUGACCAUCGACAUUUUAGAGAAAGAGCUGCACAAGGACCUGAAAAAUUAUGACGAAGCAUGUGAUGAAGAAAGAUUGCAAGAAGCCGAAAUAUCUUUUGAGCUGGCCGACGACAGGAUGAAGAGACUCAUAACCAACUAUCAGUCACUCAUCCCACUAUUGGAAGCUGAAGCGCAAGAAAAAUAUCUUCAACAACAUGAAGAAUUCGUCAACCGAUUUCACAAGAUGAGUAUCGAUUGGAGAAGGAGAAGACCAGUUGAAAGCAAACGAAGCCCUCAACAACGAGAACCCAUACUUCAAGUCGCUGCGCAGAGUGAAGAGGAGACAUCUCCAACUACGAAUAUUGCUCCGGCAAUGAACGCACUUACUUUACAGCCAACCCCAAACGCAAUGAGUAUAGCACAUCUGCUACCCAGGAUUGAAAUUUCCAAAUUUGAUGGUGACCUAAGCAAAUGGAGGGAUUGGUGGGCGAUUUUUCGAACACUAAUCCACGAAAACCAAACCAUGAGGCCCAUUGAAAAAUUUAGCAGAUUAAAACUACACAUAACGGAGGAAGCUGCUGGUGCGAUUUCGUACUUGGAUCUAACUGAAGACAAUUACAACAAGGCGAUAGACAUUCUAAACGGGAAAUACAACAAACCGAGAUCGGUAAAAGCUGACCAUUACAUUGCAAUCACAGAACUAAAAAAAGUAGAACGUCAAGAAGACUACAAGGCCUUACGACAACUACACGACAAGGCAAUGGGUCACGCUUUAAACCUCGGUAACCUGGAGCAGUCUACAGCGCAAAACGAAGCAAUUAUGGAGAUCAUCACAAGAAAAUUGCCAAUGGAAUUAAUGUCAAGAUGGCACGGAAAAACCAAACAGUCACAGAAGACAUUGAAAGAUCUCUUUAAUUUCAUUGACUCCAUAGCUGAAGACUGGGAAUACGUCUAUUCCACAGAGAGACACGAAAAGAAGAAGACGAAAGCAGAGGCACCAGAGAAAUCACAACGAGUUACAUUCGCAACAACACCAACGGCAGCUGAGUUAGCAGUCACAGGGACUGCAACUGAAUACCCAAGACAUCCAAAGUACCGGAAACAAAUGAACUUGGAAAAAAGAAGAUGUUUAUUUUGCAAUGAUAAACAUCCCCCGACCAAAUGUGAUAUCACACUAGAGAAGAAAAUUGAGCAAGUCAAAAAAGAAAAAAGGUGUUGGAAGUGCCUUGGACAAAAUCAUCAAGUGAAAGAGUGUUGGAGUAUAAGCAAGUGCUACAAAUGCGGAAAAGAUCACCACACGGCCAUCUGCAACAGGGUUAAUCCGAAAUCGGUGACGGCAACAGUAGCUGCGUCUCCAAUGUUAAAGGUAGCAGAUGACGCUCCUCUUUCAAUAGAAGCACGCCUAUUUGGUGGCGUAUACGUCCAAACGGCAACAGUAAUAGUGGAAGGCCCGAAAGGAUGGCUGAAAGCUAUUGCUUAUAUCGAUCAAGGAUCGAAUGCAACCUUAAUUCGAAGCGAACUCGCUCAAACUCUAGGACUACAAGAAGUCGGGAAAAUCAAUCUGAAGCUGCAAGCAGAGGGACACAUGCAUCCUGAAAAAGAACGGAGCGUAAGAAAGUUGCGACUUCGAGGACUCAUCCCAAAUGCCGAAGAGAUUGAAUUGGAAGCGAUCGAGCAGCCCGAAAUCGGGAAGGUUGCUGGAUCAAGAAAAACAGAAUUUGUCAGCGAACUCUGGAGUCAAGGAUACCAACUCGCAGAUGACAGGAUUCUAAGCGGAAGAGCAGGACCGUGCCAAAUCGACGUCUUGAUCGGAGCGAAUCAAGUGUGGAAGGUUCUUGGCUCAAAACAGAUCGUCUCGAAAACGGGUAUUCGAGCGAUAGAAAGCAAAUUUGGAUGGUUGUUACUUGGGCAAGAUGAGACAGUUACGACAUCGUCUAACACAGCAAUCGGCUUUCUCUUAAAAGCCAAACAAGGAACACCAGAAAAUUUAGAAGCAGAAAUAGACCCGAAAACUGACGAAAUAGAUUUCGCCAGAUGGUGGAAGCUGGAAAGCUUGGAUCCACUAGAAAAAAUUCCACUAUCCAUACAGUGGAAAUCCUAUGCAGACACCAUCGUUCAAGAUGAAGAUGGACAUUACGUAGCACCACUCCCAUGGAACGAGAACAAGAUACGUCUGAGCAAGAAUGAAACCAUGGCAGAGGGUCAAGCAAAGGCGCUUAUUAGAAGAAUGGACAGAGAUAAAGAAAUGAAGACUUCUUAUGAAGCCGAAUUCGAAAAACUAAAAGUUUCUAAAUUCAUUUCAAGAGCAGAUACAUCUUUUGGCGGUAUCUACACUAUCCUGCCCCAUCAUCCGGUUGUAAGAAGAGACAAAACAACCAGCAGAGUCAGGCCUGUUUUCAACGGUUCGGCAAAACCGAAAACAGGUUUCAGCGCCAACGACUGCCUAGAAGAAGGCCCCAAUCUAAACCCGGACAUUCUCGACGUGAUGUUACUGUUUAGGCUCAACCCAAUCGCCUGGACAGCUGAUAUCAGACAAGCCUUCCUCAUGGUGAAGCUACUGAAAGAAGACGCGGAAACGCUACGAUUCUACCUAGAAGACGAAGACGUCCCAGGAUCGCUGCAACUAUACAAAUGGAACAGGCUUCCAUUCGGACUCACAUGUAGCCCGGCAGUGCUAAGGACAGUCUUAAAGAAACACUUGGAGUCCUAUGAAGGCGAGCUAGCGGAAAGCAGUCAACAAAUCCUACGCCACCUAUAUGUAGAUGACCAUUUGUCAAAUGCGUCUACAUUAGAAGAAGCAAUGGCCGUAAUCGGAACUGUUCUAAAGCUUUUUGCAGACGCAAAAAUGGACCUAAGAAAAUGGGUGACAAACAACAGUGAGCUGCGAAGAUAUCUACUAAAACAAAAUUUAACAGAAGACUCAGCCAAUUCACACUCGUGUCUAAAUCUAGACCCGCAGAAAGUGCUUGGUGUAAGGUGGAAUACAAGCACGGAUUGCUUUUAUUUCAAGUCGGAUGUGAUAGUAGACGCAGCUACAAAAGUGAAAAUUUUAACGAAGAGAUCCUUCGCCAAAAUUUCAACCAAAUUGUUCGACCCACUUGGAUUAAUUGGACCCGUCACACUACAAUUCAAGCUUUUAUUUCAAGAAUUGUGGCAAAUCAAGAUUGGAUGGGACGAUGAAGUACCCAAAGAGACGGAGAUCCAGUUCAGAGAUAUAGUAGAAGACCUCAAAUCAAUUGAGAAAAUACAAGUGCCAAGAAUGAUUUCUUUGGCACCAAACAAACACAUGCAAGAGUUGCACAUAUUUUGUGACGCUUCUACAAAGGCAUAUGGUGCAGUGGCUUACGCGAAAUCGCAAUAUCCAAAUUUCGUCCGCCUAAUUUGUUGCAAGACAAGAGCAGCGCCACUUCCGAAGAAUGAAGUAUCGCUACCGAGACUAGAAUUGCUUAGUGCCGAGCUCGGUAGCGUAUUAGCUGAAAGAAUUGUCAAUGCAAUUGACAAGGUCCAAUGGAAAGUGCAUCUUUGGACAGACUCAAUGGCAACGUUAGGAUGGAUAAAAGGUGAGCCAACCCGUUGGAAGCUAUUUGUCAGAAACCGAGUUGAGGCAAUUAGAAAAAGGUCCAACCCAGAACAAUGGAGACACUGCCCUGGGAAAGACAAUCCAGCAGACUACGCAUCAAGAGGAACCACUGUCAAGAAACUGAUUGCGGCUUCCUUUUGGUGGGGAGGUCCGUCCUGGCUGAUUCACAACGAAAAAGAAUGGCCACAACAAGGAAACCUGACAUCAGAAGAAAUACAGUCGAUGGAGAUUGAGGCAAGAUCCAAGAAAAGAAUCGAAAGUCUUGCAGUUAGCAGCACACUGGAUUGGUUCGACGUAUUAGCAGCAAGAGCAAGCAGUUAUCUGCGGUUUUUACGAACAAUUGCCUGGAUGUUUAGGCUUUUCAGAAAGGAAUCACUCGGUAAAGCAAUUGAAACGGUCAGAGGAAAGGAAAUACCAUGCCUUUCUGCCCGCGAAAUCGCCACCGCCGAAAACUUUAUUUUGAAGUUUAUUCAAAAAAGGGCAUUUCCAGAAAUCUACGAAUCACUUCAAGAGGGAAAGCCGCUUGGCAACAUGCUAUGCAACCUAGAAACCCUAAGACCUAUUUGGGAUGCGCAAGACAAACUAAUUCGAGUGACUGGACGAGUUGGUCCAGCUCUAAAGGAACUGCUGAUAGACCCGCCGAUUCUUCUCCCAGCAAGCGAGAAGAUUGUGGACAUGAUGAUCCAGUAUCAUCAUGUCAAACGGAAACAUGCCGGUGUCCAAAACACUCUGACGUUCUUACGAAAUCGGUUUUGGAUAAUUCGUGCCCGCCAACGGAUAAAAAGUGUCAUCAAACAGUGCGUGAAGUGUCAAAAGGUGCAAUCGCGUCCCUUCAACGAAGAAACAGCUUCAAUGCCCUUGGAUCGUACCAAAAGAGCACAACCCUUUGAAGUUAUCGGGGUUGACUACUUCGGACCGAUGUAUGUCUUAGAAGAAGUCAUCCUAAUAGAAAAGGACAGUGAAGGGAACGAUGUCGAGAAAACUCGUAUAGGAGAGAAGAAAGUGCAUGCGUGUUUGUUUACUUGUGCCGUCACAAGAGCUGUGCACUUGGAGCUCGUGACCGACUUAACCGCCCAGACUUUCAUGCACGCGUUGAGAAGAAUGAUGUCACGUAGAGAGGAUUGCAAAAUCAUCUACAGUGACAACGCGUCAACAUUCACAUGUGCGGCAAAACUGAUAUCAGAAGAUCCUACCCUAGCUAACUGGUUGUCAAGCAAGGGUAUCACAUGGAAGUUCUCCCCCAGUCUAGCUCCAUGGUGGGGCGGGUUUUGGGAGAGAAUGGUGCGCUCCGUGAAAGAACCAUUAAGGAAAGUGCUGGGGAAAAUGAAAGUGAGCUACGACCAGCUUCAUACUAUUUUGGUCGAAAUCGAAGCUAUCGUGAACUCACGUCCUCUCACUUAUGUGUCUGGAGACGCACAAUCGUUUGAAGUGUUAUCUCCGCAAAAACUGCUGACUGGAAGGCAACCUGGUGCCACAACAGAGUCACCCGACUCUACGAAAAUGAGCCGAGACGAACUUAUCGAAUUGGAUAAGAAAAGGAGCGAGCACGCGCUGACAUGGUGGAGGCUUUGGCAAGACUCGUACCUGUCCGACCUCAAGCGAUUUUACUGUCGCAAGGGCAAGGGUACGAGAAUUCCACGUGUUGGCGAAGUCGUCUUACUAAAAGAGCCUAACAUCAAGCGAGUUUCAUGGCCGACGGCCAUUGUUACUGAACUUGUUCCUGGCUACGACGGCAAAGUAAGAGCUGUUACCCUACGGCUACGAUCGGGAAAGGAAACCACCCGAGGCAUCCAGACUGUCUACCCUCUCGAAAUACAGGCCGAUAUCGACACACCAGUCGACGAAGCUGAAAUCGGCGUAAAGGAGAAAACUACUUCCAAGAAGAAGAAGAAUCCACUCCGCAAGAAGAAAUUGGAAUCGCAGGAGGGAGCUGGCGAUUCCGGCGGGGAGGAUGUUGUGGAUUCCGAACAUGACAACAACUACGGGGUUUCCAGAUUUGGAAGACCCCUCAGAAGAUCUGCUAUUAUUAAUGUUUAG